GUCAUUGGACGGGCCUUGGAAGGCGAGGGAGACGGAGCCUCCUCAGCGCUAGCGAGAAGCGGACGGCCGUUCAGACGCGCGUUGCCAACCGGCUGGAAAGUAGAGAUGCGGAUGGACUGUGUGGACCGCGCCGUCUCCUGGCUUUUCCAGGUGAUCGGCGAGUACAUUGCUCGUUACCCGGGAUACUUUGUCAUCGUGCCUCUACUGGUAGCAGCAUGCUUAGCGACGGGACUUCAACGGAUGAUCUACGUGGACGACCCGGAGUACCUCUUCAGCCCCGUGAACGGCCGAUCUCACGACGAACGUAAGAUCGUCGAAGCGCUUUUCCCGCAGAACACGUCGAGGAACUUCGACAUAGGAAGGCAGACGAAACCCGAAAAGUUUGGCAGGCUCAUCGUGGUGACGAAAGAUGAGAGUAAUCUGCUUCGGCGCGAAAUCUGGGACGAGAUCAUGUUGUUGGACAGCAUCAUCAAGAACAUGACGGUGACAUGGGACGACGAUGUUUGGAGGUAUGAGCAGAUAUGUGCGCGAGACGGGCCCCUGUGUUAUCCGAAUGACCUGCUCGAUUUUUACCCCAUCAUCGAUGAGAUUGAGAACGGCAGCUUUAAGUUGGAGUAUCCGCUGCGGAUUGACAGGGCUAGGCAGAAGGUGUACUUUACUGGUGCUCUUAUGGGUGGCAUUGUGCCCGAUGGUAACGGAUACAUCAAGUCUGCCAAAGCUAUGGCUUUGUUCUACUACCUCGACACGUCGAGCAGGAAGGCGAACUUGCGAUCGCAGGCAUGGGAGUACGCCUUCCUGGAUCUUAUGGAGACACUCCAACUGGAACACCUGCGAAUGGCCUGGUUCACGUCCCGAUCGUUAGCCGAAGAAUUGGAGAAGAACACGACGACUGUGACUCCCUUCUUCAGCAUUACUGUUGUGAUCAUGUUGCUGUUUACAGUGUCUACGUGUGUGAUGUCGGACGCGGUGCGCAGCAAACCAUGGCUUGGGAUUCUGGGCUGCAUCUCGGCUGGGGUGUCAGUCAUUGCUGGCUUUGGCCUGGUAAUCUACAUGGGUUUAGAGUUCAUCGGCAUAAACAUGGCCGCUCCGUUUCUCAUGCUGGGUAUUGGCAUGGAUGACACCUUCGUCCUCCUGGCCGCCUGGAGGCGAACGGACCCCCGGAAACCCGUCGUGGAACGGAUGGGCGAAACGUACAGGGAAGCUGCCGUCUCCAUCACCAUCACCUCGCUCACAAACUUCAUCUCCUUCUGCAUCGGAGCUAUUACUCCAUUUCCGUCGGUGAAGAUCUUCUGCAUCUACACUGCCGUAGCCGUGCUCUUCACCUACCUCUACCAGAUAACUUUCUUUGGAGGAUGCAUGGCGCUGUCUGGCUACGCUGAAGAGAAGAACCUCCAUGGGCUUCUAUGUUUUCCCACAAUGCCAAAGUCCCAAGCAAAAGGACGAUCGUGGCUGUUCCGUCUGCUAUGCACUGGAGGGACCAACCCUGACGACCCAGACAACCCGAUGGACAACAAGGAGCACGCCAUGAUGACCUUCUUCCGGGACACCUGGGGAGGAAUGCUCAGCUACCCCCCAACCAAGGCCCUUGUCAUCCUUUUGUUCCUUGUGUAUCUCGGCAUUGGACUCUGGGGUUGCACACAGGUCAAAGAAGGACUGGAACGCUACAAGCUCGCUAUGGACACAUCUUAUGCACGAGACUUCUUCAACACAGACGACAUGUACUUCCGUCAGUUUCCCCUUCGCAUUCACGUAGUCAUGAACAAGACCAUGGACUAUUGGGAUCCAGAAGUCUACAAUAAACUGGUCCAUAUCAUCGAAGAUUUUGAGAACAGUUCCUUCGUCCAGAACAGCGCACUCACUGAAUGCUGGUUCCGCGAGUUCCACAAGCAGGCCAAGCAAGGACCACUCAAGGGCUACUUCGCACAGUUUGACCUGACAGAUCAGCAUGACUAUAUUCAGGGCUUACGAUUCAUGCUCAGGUUUGCUCCAUUUUCCACUUUCGAGAAGGACAUCAAAUUCAACGCCAACUUCACAGCCAUCGAGGCCUCCAGGUGCAUCAUACAAGCGACCAACAUCACGGACGCUAACUUGGAGAAGGACAUGGUGUUGGACUUGAGACGCAUCGCAGACACCUACCCCGAUCAGAAGAUCACAGUCUUCCACACUCUGUUUGUCUUCUUCGACCAAUUCAUCCUGGUUCGCGAAACCUCAAUUCAGUCCAUUGGAGUGGCUGCUGCUGUUAUGAUGAUCAUUGCUCUUAUCUUCAUCCCGAGUGUGUCUUGCGCUCUUUGGGUCGCCUUCUCCAUCUGCUCUAUUGAAAUAGGUGUUAUCGGCUACAUGACCCUAUGGAAUGUCAACCUGGACUCCAUAUCUAUGAUUAACCUCAUCAUGUGCAUAGGUUUCUCUGUAGAUUACUCUGCACACAUCUCGUACGCUUACUUAUCGUCCGAUGGCUUAACUGCUAAUGAUAAGAUGAAGUGUGCUCUGCAUUCUCUGGGCAUGCCUAUCUUCCAGGGAAGUCUGUCCACCAUAUUGGGCAUCAUUAUCCUGGCCUUUGCACCUUCUUACAUCUUCCUGACCUUCUUCAAGACAGUCUUUCUAGUCAUCCUGUUUGGUGCCCUGCAUGGCAUCCUGCUCCUUCCUGUCCUGCUUUCUCUUUCCGAAUCCUUCUGCCGCAAGCAGAAGAAAGCGAUACUGACCCACCCGUUCUUCAUCCCGCCCCAUCCCAACGGCUGCAAGACACCUCCCCCGGUCAUACUGACGGCGGACUCGUACGGCCAACUCAGUAAAGACGUCAAACGCAAGCUGAGCGGCGAACCGACCACAGACAGUGUGGUCUGGCAACCGCCGGGCAGUCUCCCGGCGAAUGACAGCAGCAGCGAGCUCCUGCGUAACAUGACGUCGUACGGGGCGACGCUGAAGGGUGACCGGGACAACCCAGGGUACCAAGUGGACGAAGGUGAUGAGAGUGGUGAUGUGGUGCCAUCGAGGCUAUCUCCUCACUGCUGGCCUCCCACAGUGAACCCUGAAGAAAGAUGUCUUCACAGAAGGCAUAGUUCGAACGACAUGAAGGCACCAGCACCUAUGCGGUUGACGAAGCAGUACAGCGUUCCCUCGUGAGACAGAAGGCGAAGGGCUAGUCUACUACUACGCACUGGAUGGAUUUCUGUUGUACAGAUAGGACUAAAGGUGCUACGGCAGGAAUUCAGUGGUUGAAUAGUGAGUGGCUAGAUGGGUACCCAAGAGUUCCGAGACUGUAUCUAGUGUUCCUUCGAAGGACCUCGCCCUGGAAAUGAGUGGACUUAAGUGGCCCCGUGUGGCUGCGAGUUGAAUGGCAGUUGUUGAGUGUGAAUUAUACGGAUGAUGUUGUAAAAAAAAAUUAAGUGUUAUUUCUGGGAAUGACUGAAAGUGUCCUUAGCUCACCCGAGAGUCCUAGUUUAGGAUUCAAAUAUGGCAUUUUUUUCAAGUGCUUCGUGGGUUGCAGAGGCCACACUGGAAGAUAAAUUAAACUUCUGCUUUUGUAACGGUAGUUAUCAAGAAAAACGCCACCUUCGAGCAUUGGAAAAAGUACCACUUUUGAGUUCCCUAUCUAGGUACCUGUAUUUUGAUAUAUAAUAAAGUAAAAUAAGGUUCUCUGUGA